AUGGGUAAGAGAAUAACCACCUCUUUCUGCUUUUCACCCAGCUUUGUGAUCUGUAGGAAAGCGGAGCUUGCCCUCCUCCUGAUUCUUAUGUAGCUUCUAGCUACAUAAAAAUCAGAGAACAUGCUCCUGUUUUACGGUUUUUUGCUCUGCAAUCCUGUACACACAAGCCUCCAAGUUUACAUCUUGGGGGGUUGAAAGUGUGUGUGUGUUUGUUGCUUUUCUUUUGCAGCUUAACCAGCCAAACUUGUGGGCGCUGGUAUGGUUUCUGUCGCACGACCUUUCCAUGUGGUCUCUGGUUUGGGUUGCAAGUUCAUGCAUGUUUCCUCGGGAGUAAAGCCUUGUGGAGAGGUUUGCUUUUAGGUAAACGUGCCCGUCUUAAGCGGACUGCGCAACUUUUACCCCCGCAGGGGCAGUCUGGAGAGUACAUUCCAUAGAAAUCCAUGGGGCUUCCAGGAAAAUACGCUCUCCAAGUACAAUAUUUUAUUAUAAAUACACAACCUCAUUAUUUAAUAUGCUGAUGACAGGACGUUAGCUGAAAGGCUAGGGAAUACCUUAAAAGAACUGAUUUGACUGGUUCAGCAGGUUUUGCUGGCAUCCGUCUGUCUCGGGAGACAGUGGAAGAGUCACCAUUGGGGUUAAGUCAAACCGUUGGAGAGUUACAGCGCUUGCUGCGGCUGUAGAGAACAAUACAGGAGAGACAUGUUUUAUUGCAGCCGGGGCAGAUAAAGGCACCCAGUUUUGCUGCUACAGGUGCACCAUGGCUUUUUAUUCUCUCUGCGCUCCUCCCAGUGGUCAUUCUCCUCUGGUCAUUGCUGUGGAUUCAGCAGGUUUACUCUUAUGGAUUCUAACCUCACAGAUACAGAAUCAGAGGCUUGAAAGAGACCCAAGCAUAUCAUUUAGCAGGUUCCCCCAAAUCUGGGUCUCCAGAUGUUUUCGGACUACAGUUCCCAUCAUCCCUGACCACUGGUCCUUCUAGCUAGGGAUGGUGGGAGUUGUAGUACAAAACCAGUGGGAAACCCAAAUGUGGGAAACUGUGGUCUAGAUCGAUGCACCAGAACCUAUGACAUUUUAAAUUUGACAUAAAUAUGUGUGUGUGUGUGUGUGUGUGUGUGUGUGUGUACACACACACACACACACACACACACCCCUACAGACAUGUAGGUUAAAUAAAACAUGUUUCCUCAAAAAUACGUUUUUUUGUUUUUGUUUUACUGAGGCUUACUUCCAAGUAAGUAUGCUUAGGAUUGAGCUUUAAUAUUUUUCAUAGCCUGUGAGCAGUAAUUCCACUUUGAAACUCCUGCCCAGUCCUGUGCAUGUUUACAUGGAGAUAAAGUUUCAAUGUUUUUCAACAGAGUGUUCUCGUUUUUUGCUUCUAUCUUGCAUAGAGAAAACUAUGGGCAAAUCUGCAUAAGUAGUGAGAUUUUAGGGCCAGCAGAUGAAUUGCGCAAGGUGCCGCUGGAAUGGAGAGACAGGCCUUUUGAAAGUCCAAAUACAAAAUCUGGAAGAUCUGGAAAGUGCAGACUGGUCAUGCACCAUGAUCUGUUUGUGCCCUGCUUCCCCAAAAGCCAGCCUAAAACACCUAACAACACGAUAUAAAAUUGUAUACAACAAUAUCAAAAGAGAAUCAAACAAUCUGAAAAGUGAAUAAAAGUGAGAAAGUAAGCCUAUAAACAAUUUGCAGACUCACAACGGUGGAGGGGACCUUAAAGUUAACCUUGUCCAACCCCAGUCUGAUUUUUUGAUACUGGGAAAGAUGGCAAAACAGGUUAUAAAGUGAUCAGUUUGUUCAUGCUUGAUUAGUAGGGGCAUAGCUGUCAACUUACAGAUUUGAAAAUAAGGGACCAGCAGCCUCGAAAAUAAGGGAUCAGCAGCCAAAAUAAGGGACCAACAAUUACUUUGAUAAAAUACAUAUUUUGUUGCAUGCAAAUGACUUUAGAUACCUAUUAGGUCCAUAAAUUACCAUAUAGCAUAUAUUCAACACACAAAAAAGCAACAAUUUGUUGUUGACAAAGCACAGCUGGAAAUAGAAAGGGCCCCAUUACCUUCAGUAGCUUAUUUAAGGGACAUCAUCAAUAAGGGACAGCAGUGGGACAUGGCGCUGGGAUAAGGGACUGUCCUGCCAAAUAAGGGACACUUGACAGCUAUGAGUAGGAGCAAGCAUGGAUUUCUUAGGAAUAAACCCUGGCUGAUUAAUCUUGUCUCUCGCUUCUCAAAAAUCAGGUUAUUGUAGGAAAUGCACCAAUAACCUGAUUCGUGUAUUGUGGGAAUGCUGUGGACAUAAUUUAUCUUUGCUUCAGCAACACAUUUGACAAAGACCCCCAUAAUAUUUUGUUUAGCAGACUAGUUAAAUGUGGGCUUGAUGGCUUUGCUCUUCGGUGCUUCUUCAUCAAACUGGAGGAAGGUUUUCACUGGGAGUGCCACGCAGCUGUCCUGGGCCCAGUACUUGUUUAAAAAAAAUUGUUAGUGACUUAGAUGAAAGGGUGAAGGGAAUCUUUAUCAAAUCUGUGGAUGACACAAAGCUGGGAGGAGUAGUGAAUGCUGGGAUAAAAUUCUGGUAUUACUGUACUUUGAUAGAAUGGAAAUUCAGCAGUGGUAGAUGCAUUUAAAAAGGGAUGCGGGUGGCACUGUGGGUUAAACCACAGAGCCUAGGACUUGCCGAUCAGAAGGUCAGAGGUUCGAAUCCCCGCGACGGGGUGAGCUCCUGUUGCUCGGUCCCUGCUCCUGCCAACCUAGCAGUUCAAAAGCACGUCGAAGUGCAAGUAGAUAAAUAGGUACCACUCCGGCGGGAAGGUAAACGGCUUUUCCGUGCGCUGCUCUGGUUCUCCAGAAGCGGCUUAGUCAUGCUGGCCACAUGACCUGGAAGCUGUACGCCGGCUCCCUCGGCCAAUAAAGCAAGAUGAGCGCCGCAACCCCGGAGUCGUCCUUGACUGGACCUAAUGGUUAGGGGUCCCUUUACCUUAGAUGCAUUUAGGCAAAAAACAAACAAACAAGUAUGCAAUGGGAGAUACCAGGCUUGGAAGCAGAACAUGUGAAAAUGAUCUUGGGACUAAUCAAUCCCAAGCUGAGCCAGCCAUGUAACACUGCAGCAAAAAAGGCAAAUACCAUUUUAAGCUGCACUGAUAGAAUCAUAGUUUCCAAGGCACGGAAAGUAACCACUCCACUUUAGUCUGUUCGACUGCUGUGUCAUUUUAUGGGCAAUUAAAAUAUCUCCAAACUGAAAAGUGAGUUCCUGCAAUUUGGAUAUAUCGCUUUAGUUUAUUGCCAUGAUAAGGCCAUCUGACACCAGUCGUCUCCUCUUUGCCUUCUUUUGCUUAAUCUGUUACUUAUUAAAUCAAAUAUACUGCUUUGGGACUUGUUCAGCCCAAAUUCCAGUUGAGCCCAAAUUCCGGCUCCGCUGGCUUGCUGCAGAAAAUUCAACUCAAAAAGUGUCUUUUACAGGACAGUUCUAGACAUGCCUACUUUGAGUUCAGCCCCACUGAGUUCAAUAGGGCUUACUUCCAGGUAAAUGUGCGUAGGCUCGUAGCCUUAAAGACUUAAAGAUAAGCCAAAAAAGAAAGAAAAGCCUGUCUGUUUUUUUGCAAUAGAUAUGCAGCAGCUCAUAAAACUCGAUAAGCUGAGAUGAAGCAAACACAUUACAAGGGUUUUUUAUGUAUCAUAAAAAAGCAUUGACUGCACUAGGGAGUUUUGAAAUGGAUCCUGAAGAAACCCAAGAGGGAAAGCACAUUGUGAAAUUUGGAGCAAAACGUUGACAGACCCAAGGCCAAAGCAAUGGGCAGCUUACGCAGAGGCCACAUUUAUCCACUUCUCAGUCUCAAUGUUUAAGUGUGACCAAUGGCCAUUAACCAAGACUUGUGGCUACCCACCGUAUUUUUUUUGCAACAAAUUCCAUGCAUUAAUUUGGUGUUGGGUGAAAAAAAAAAUCCAUCCUUUGUCUGUCCAGAAUCUGCUGCAAGUUAAUUUUGUAGACUUCUGGAGUCAGGUAGUACCUUGGCAAUCUUCUGGUGUAAACCUCUAUUUAAGGCAGGAUCUGAAAUGAUCUCUUUCAGCUUCUGCCUUCUAUAAGAAGGUACAGGCUUAUAAAGACCAGGACUAGCCGCCUGAGAAACAGUUUCUACCCAAAUGCAAUUCUGGUUUUAAACGCAGUAUAAGGAGUCUCUAUAGUAUAUUGUAUUUUAAAAUGGGGUUUCAGAAUUUUUAGGGGUUUUUGAAUGUCUUAUGUAGAUUUUUCAGUUUCAUUGUUCUGUAUGGGACGAUGACAAUAAAGAUGUCGUAUCGUAAAUGCAGGUUCUCACAAUGCUGGCCUCGCAACCUUCUUAAAUACUGUAUUUUUUGCUCUAUAAGACUCACUUUUUCCCUCCUAAAAAGUAAGGGGAAAUGUGUGUGCGUCUUAUGGAGUGAAUGCAGGCUGCGCAGCUAUCCCAGAAACCAGAACAGCAAGAGGGAUCACUGCACAGCGCUCCCUCUCGCUGUUCUAGCUUCUGGCUUCGCCGUGCAAACCCUCUUCAGGCUCUGCUCAGCGUUCCCUUUAAAGAAUAUUUUUUUCUUGCACUCCCCCUCUAAAAACUAGGUGCGUCUUAUGGUCAGGUGCGUCUUAUGGAGUGAAAAAUACGGUACCUCCAGAUUCUAGUGCUAUGGUGAGAAGGAUAAAAGCUUUUUUCUGGAUCAACUUCACACACACACACAAACACGAAAGAUAUUAGAGUGCCUUCUAGGGUUCACUGUCAAGUCACACAGCAAGAAGGUUUGGCCGCUGAACUAAAACAUGGGUGCACCUUGCAACUUUUCCCAGGACAGAUUGCAGCUUGCAGGAGUCCUGCAGCAGGGGCAGGACAUUUUUGGAAAAUGUUAUCUUUGAAUAGCUUCCCCACCCUAAUCUCCAGAUACUGUUUUGCUUCAACUACAGCCCCCGCCCUGACCAUUGGCCAUGCUGGCUGGGGCUGAUAGAGUUCGGAGGGCACCACGUUGGGGAAGGCUGGCUUAGGAUGUUUUACAAUGACCCCGCGUCAGGCUCUUUGGGUCGGCGCCCGAUCUCUUGCGUGACAGCAGCUGCCUAAGAGGCUUAACAGGACACUCCUAAAAAAUACAAUUUAGAGUGUGGGGUGUGUUUUAGCACAAGUAGCUGCCGGGUGCCAAAAAUUCCAUUUUCACUCCAGUGCCAAGUUUGUCCAUUCCAGAGCUUCAUGUUGUUUACACCCAUUUCUUGGAUCUCAACCAACCUUAAAAGUGGAACUGCUGUGUGGAUCUACCCCAGCUGUGAACCCACAGCCCUACAUUGGCAGCUUUCUCCAGAGUAGCCAUGCAGAGAGCUAGCAAGAAGAACCUCGCUAGGUCAGGCCUGUUAACGGAGAAACCUGAGGGCUCCCUUGGACAAAAAACAAGGACACCAGCCAGGAAUACCAGAGCAAAACAGCAGCCAGUAGGCUUGGUCUUUAUUGAAGACUGUCGCGACAGGACUCCCACCUGCCACAAGGUGGAACAAGAUGGAAGCCCCGAACAAAAGAGCCCCCAAACUUUUAUUUGCUGCUAAUCCCCAUGUUACACCCCCCCAAACUACAUCACUAAUACAUCACGGUUACAUCAUGAAAGGGGAGGUCUGGUGGCAGGAAUCUGAGCAUCCUGGACCCUGCCCCAUGGUUCCCCUUGCCCUCCACCAAACACCCAUCAAGUGUAACAAAAGAGAUAUUUACAUUUCCCUGUUUCCCAGCCAAGUUAAUCACACCCGUUUGUCUUCAUCUGGGUUUCUUAUUUCUGACAUGGCUACCUGUCUGGCACUCAGGUAUCAGGAUGCCAGGGAUUAUCACUCAGGCAGAGGGGCUGCUGAGUAGCUGAGCUCACGUGUCUACAUGAAUUUCUGAAGUUUUCCCAGUGAGCCAGUACAGAGAGACAUUUAUCAGUGAAUUCUUACAUUUGGUAUCGUGCAGCAAAGGCCCUUUGAAUAGAUAGGAAGAAACUGUGAUGAAGUGCUUUGUGGGGACAAGUCACAAAAGUCACAAAAGUGAUUGUGCUGGUUUUGGUAGUGGGCUGCGUGUGCAUGACAUCUGCUGGAGGGGCAACCCCCUCAUUAACCUAUACAUAAAUUCCUACAACAGGCCCAAGGUUCACAUAGUAGCCCAGUGUCCUCUUUCCCACAGUGGGAUAUUCCCAAUGGCCAGCCCUUCCAUUAGACAGUGUGAGGCAGCUGCCUCAGGUGGAAGAUCUUCAGGGAUGGGGUGGGGUGGGGGCAAGAGCUCCCUCAUGCUUACUGAGCAACCUCAUCUAGUGCUUUGGCUUAGAAUCAUAGAGUUGCAACCUUCGCAUUAUCAGCACCAUGCUCUAACCAACUAUCCAGCCUUAGCAUUGAAGGAAGGCUUGUGCAUGUGCAAAGGGGGGAAUGGACCUAUUUGAUACAAACUUUGGAGGAUCCUAAUGGCUAUAGUCUUGAGGGCUAGAAACCUGGCAGAGGGCCUUCUCGGUAGUGGUGCCCGUGUUGUAAACAAAAAUUGCCCUUUUCCCUUAUGGGGUACCCAAGAGCCCAUAUAGAGUCCUUACAUAGGUUCCCUAUUGGUAGGAGAAAAUAACAGAGGCCAGCCAGAGAAUAUUGAGAAGCAAAGUAGCUAGUAAGCUUGAUCUUUAUUGAUCUGUUGCAACAGGGUCCUCACUCCCUACAUGAAGGAGGGAGGAGGAACCCCGAACAAUGAAGCACAAGGCCUUAUAUGGACUUUUGAAAUUGCCACCCUGUAGAUGAAGACCAAGGGAUGCGGGUGGCGCUGUGGGUUAAACCACAGAGCCUAGGGCUUGCCAAUCAGAAGGUCCCAGUGGUUCAAAUCCCCGCGACGGGGUGAGCUCCCGUUGCUCGGUCCCUGCUCCUGCCAACCUAGCAGUUCGAAAGCACGUCAAAGUGCAAGUAGAUAAAUAGGUACCACUCCGGCGUGAAGGUAAACGGCAUUUCUGUGCGCUGCUCUGGUUUGCCAGAAGCAUCUUAGUCAUGCUGGCCACAUGUCCCAGAAGCUCCCUCGGCUAGUAAAGCGAGAUGAGUGCCGCAACCCCAGAGUCGGUCAUGACUGGACCUAAUGGUCAGGGGUCCCUUUACCUUUUAGAUGAAGACCACCCCCAGAAACAUCAUACAUACAUCACAGAAGGGGUGUAACCUAAGACCACCCCCCAGAUACAUCAUACCUACAUCACAGAAAAGGUGAUCUAAAACAAAAAUUUGAAUGUUGUUUUUCCUGUUUGCCAGGUUAUCUGAUUGCCUUUCCUGAUAGUCUGUCACCCAUUAAAAUGCUGAUUACUCAAUUCCUGGGACAAUGGGAAGGCUCCCUGACCCCCCCCCCCUUGCAGGGAAAAUAUUUGGUCAGUUUGGGAAUCAAAAUGGUUUCAGGUCGGUCUUCUUGUGCUGAUCUAUGUACGUGCUUGGUUGGUACACGUAUGAACAUUACCAUAUAUCUAAGACCUCAAAAUACCUAUCACACAUGGCAGAGGACCUUCUCGGUAGUGGCACCUGCCCUGUGGAACGCCCUCCCAUCAGAUGUCAAGGAAAUAAACAACUAUCGGACUUUUAAAAGACAUCCGAAGGCAGCCCUGUUUAGGAAAGUUUUUAAUGUUUGAUGUUUUAUCAUAUGUUUAAUGUUCUGUUGGGAGCUACCCAGAGUGGCUGGGGAUGUCAGCAUCGCCCUUGAGCCAGUGCCACUAACUGGACUCAUCCACUUCAGCCCCGACUGGGCUAGGCGAGCUGGGUAGCACUUCCAGAGACCAUCUUCUGCACAGGAACAGGACUCACAGCUUAGAGUUGUGAGCACUGGAUUCACUCCAACAAGAAGACAGUCGUCGCACAGCAGAGUAUAGCAGAGUAUAGCAGAGCAUAAACGACUCGGAGAGCAGCUCUGUAGAAUAUCUUCUUUUAUUCUAUCUACAACUAUAAUACACAACUAUGUACAGAGCUAAAUGAGGUCUAAAUGAAAAUGCUGAACUGCACUGAGUGUCUGCAGCUGCUCUUAGCAGCAACCUUAUCUAUACACACGAUCUCUCUCUAACACUCAGUCUCUCUCUCUCUCUUUGAUGUGAGGCUGGAGCGGAAUAAGUAGAGAGCAGAAACCGCCCCUCCUCUCUGAAGAAUCAGCAGAGAACAUCAGCAGAUUCUUGGAUAUGGGAGGGGUGAAAUCUCAGGGGAGGCCCGGCCAGAUGGGCGGGGCAUAAUUAAUAAAUUAUUAUUAUUAUUAUUAUUAUUAAUUCUAAUUUUAAAAGAAAGAAGUUAAGGUGUGCAGGAAGUUGAAUUCUGCAUGGGGAGUCAUUCUUUACUCCCUGCAUUCCCCUGUCCCAAGAUAGCAAACUAAAGACAUUCACUCACAUUAACACUCGAUUGGGAGCCGCCCAGAGUGGCUGGGGAGACUCAGCCAGAUGGGCAGGGUAUAAAUAAUAAAUAAUAAUUUAUUAUUAUUAUUAUUAUUAUUAUUAAUCAAAAAGCCUGGGAAUAUAUCCAGGAAAGGCAUCUUUUGGGACCAGCAAAACUGUCACCUGCUGAUCUUUUAACCAUUUCAAUUUGCAGCGAAAUGCGGAGAGUGCGGCCCUGGAUACAAAACGCCAUUGGACGCUAUGAAAGGUAAGGGGGUGAGGUCUUUGUGGCCACUUUUUAUUUUUAUUACAAGCAUGCCUGUAUCUUGCCAACUUUCCAAGGAGUUCAGAGCAAGCUUGCGUACCCGAACAGCGCAAGGGGACCCACAAUUUAUUUUUUUGCCAGUCCCAAUUGCUGGCUACUGUUUGUGUUUGCCAACAACCCUGUACUGGGGGAAAAACCAGUGCCUUGUCUGUGUCAUCGUACUGGGAUUUGAAGGUAGUGCUUUCUCUACUUCCCCACUGCUUUUUCCUUUUGUGUAGUUCCUGUUCUAGGUUGUAGGUCUGUGGGCUGGGAUUCCCUUGUUUAUAACUUGUGUGCAGCUUAGUAACGGUUUCUAAAUGAGAAACAAGAGCAUGGUGAAAUCCAAUCUACCCAUUGGUCCAUUGAGUUCAGUAAUGUUUAUACGCUGAUUGGCAGUGGCUCUCCAGCGAUUCAGCCGGUGAUCUUUCUCUUUCUUUUAUAUAUAUAUAUAUAGUAUUUUUAUUGAUACUUGUACAAAAAUGCAUACCUAUCACAAAAAUAUAAUACACUGAAAUAUCUAAAAAAGAACAGAGGCAGGAAGAAUAUGAAGAAGAAGAGGAAGAAGAAGAAGAUAUAAAGGCAGAAAGGAAAAGCAUGGGAAAAGAGAAAAGAAAAAAAUAUAAAAAAAGAUUUCUAGUUCUCUGUCCUUCAGCUAAACAUAUUAUUCGCUCAUUCUGUCCAGUACUUUUUCAAUCUUCAAAUCCAGAUAUUACAAGUUCAUUUUCUCUUUCAUGCAAAAAGUCCAUAAGAAGUUUCCAGUCCUGAGUAAAUGUCAAUAAUGAUUUUUUUCUCUAUUUAAACACAUUACCUUUGCCAUCUCAGCCAAGUCCAAUAGUUUUAUCAGCCAUUCAUCUAUAGUGGGUAGGGCUGUAUCUUUCCAUCUUUGUGCAUAUAACAAUCUCGCUUCUGUAAUCUUACAUUGGAGUGAACUUCCAUCGUCCUUUUGCAGUUGUGUCUCCAUUAAGCCUCAUAUAAAGAGUUUUGGCUUCAACUGAAUAUUAAGCUUUAAAAUCUACUGCAUCCAUGUAUUUGUAUCCUUUCCCUCCUCCUUUUUACACGUCCACCAAGCAUGAUAAAAUGCCCUUCACGUUCUGGGCAUUUCCAUUAAACAUUUGAAACACCUUUAUACAUUCUAAAUAGUUUAAAAAGGUAAAGGUAACCCGGACUGUUAGGUCCAGUCGUGACCAACUCUGGGGUUGCAGUGCUCAUCUCGCUCUAUAGGCCAAGGGAGCCAGCAUAAAGAUUCUGGGUCAUGUGGCCAGCAGGACUAAGCCGCUUCUGGCAAACCAGAGCAGCGCAUGGAAACACCAUUUACCUUCCCACCGGAGCGGUACCUAUUUAUCUACUUGCACUUUGACGUGCUUUCGAACUGCUAGGUUGGCAGGAGCAGGGACCGAACAAUGGGAGCUCACCCCGUCGCAAGGAUUCGAACUGCCAACCUUCUGAUUGGCAAGCCCUAGGCUCUGUGGUUUAGACCACAGCGCCAUCCGCAUCCCUCUAAAUCAUGGGUAGGCAAACUAAGGCCCAGGGGCCAAUCCGGCCUAGUCACCUUCUAAAUCUGGCCCACGAAUGGUCCUGGAAUCAUCGUGUUUUUUACAUGAGUAGAAUGUGUCCUUUUAUUUAAAAUGCAUCUCUGGGUUAUUUGUGGGGCAUAGGAAUUCGUUCUUUUCACCCCCUUCAAAAUAUAGUCCGGCCCACCACAUGGUCUGAGGGACAGGGAACCGGCUCUCUGCUGAAAAAGUUUGCUGACCCCUGCUCUAAAUAGUUUAUGGGGAGUUAAAUACCAAUGGUCAGCCAGGAGACCUACCUGCAGACCUUCUGAGACUCCAGACCCCUGGGACCCAUGCAUUGCAAAGCAAGCCCUGUACCACUGAAGUGGUCAUGCUGAUCAGAUUGCCUCUGAAGCCAUGCACAGCAUAGGAAGGACAAAGGAAGCUUCCUUGUUCCAUCUAACUCAGUGCUGUCCACACUCUUCAGAGUGCCAGGCAUGGGACAUUCCCAGCGCUACCUGGAUGCGCUAGGUUUUGAACCCAGGACUUGCAUGAGAAGCAGCUGCUCAACCACUGAACUACGGCCCUGCCCUCUCUUGGGACUGGUUGCUUACUAAUGUUUCAGUUUUCAUUUUUGCACGUUUGAGAAAUUUAAUGAAAUUUGCACACACCCCUCCCAAGGUUUCCUGAACUGCAGUCGCAGCCUCCAUCCGGGAGUGGCAACUGUGUCCUAACACAGCAAUAAUAAGGAAAUGCUUUCAAGCUAAAGAAACUCCCUCUUUCAUUUUUCAUUGUUAACGGAAAAAUCUGAGGGCUCCCUUGGACAAAAACAAAGACACCAACCAGGAUAACUUGGAGCAAAACAGCAGCCUGUAGGCUUGGCCUUUAUUGAUGUGUUGCAACAGGGUGCUCUCCUCACCCACAGGAGAGGAAGAGGACCCAGAAAAAUGGUGUGCAAGGCCUUAUAUGGACUUUUGAAAUUGCCACCCUGUAGAUGAAGACCACCCCCAGAAACAUCAUACAUACAUACAUCACAGAAAGGGUGUAACCUAAGGCCACCCCUCACAUACAUCACACCUACAUCACAGAAAAGGCGGUCUAAAACAGAAAUUUGAAUGUUGUUUUUCUCCUGUUGUUGUUUAUCUCCUGUCUGGCAGGUUAUUUGACUGGAUUGCCUGGGGAGCCUAGCCACUCUUUUGUAGUGACAAAUACUUAGUUCCUGGGCCAGGUCACAGGCUCACACCCUAUUCAAACACAGACAUACCCUUCAGACAGGAUUUGUGAAGGAAAAGACAAUGGGGGGGCUUUUCCACUUUGACCUUGCAGAGAAAACAUUUGCACAGUUUAGGAAUAAAAAUGGCUUCAGGUCGGUCUUCCUGUGCUGAUCUAUGUACGUGCUUGGUUGGUGCACUUAUGAACAUUACCAUAUAUCUAAGACCUCAAAAUUCCUAUCACAGCGUCCACAUCUGGGCACUGGGCACUGGGCUGUGGUUUAUGAGGGUAUCAUUCUCAUGGCUGCAAAUAUAUCUGAAAUAAUCCUGAACUGCUCUCCUCUGCAGUCUUCAGGCCUUCAUACCCCCCAGUAGGUGAUAUGUUCAAAGAAAUAUAGACGUUUUCAUGUAGGUUUUUACAUUAUGUAGGACUGCCACUCCCCCAACGAUAUAUUUUUAUUGAGUUUUACAGUACAAAUUUGAAUUCAAACAUUAUACAUCAACAUCAUCAUUUAGAAUUCUCUGAAUCCUAUGACUCUCCUCCGCCCUUCCAUUGUUACCAUUUUCAAUCUUUUUUUCCAACUGCCUUCCUUGUUUUCUCUAUUUUUUUAAAACAAAUAAACCACUUUCACCAUAAUUCUUCGUAUAUUACAAGCAUUACUCAAAUCCUGCCAAAGUUUGUAGUUUGUUUACAGUGUUCUCUUAAAUACAUUGUGAAUUUCCCCCAUUCCUUCUUAAAAUUCUUCUCCUCCUGGUUUUUGAUUUUCCCAGUCAAUUUUGCCAUUUCGGGGUAGUCCAUAUUCAUCAGCCAUUUGUCUCUGGUUGGAACUUUUUCUUCUUUCCAUCUCUGGGCCAGUAGCAUUCGCGUUGCUGUCAUCGCAUACAUGAAUAGUCAUUUCUGCUCCUUUGGAUCUCUGCACCUAAAAUAGUAAAGGUAAAGGGACCCCUGACCAUUAGAUCCAUGGCCGACUCUGGAGUAUUGGCGCUCAUCUCGCUUUAUUGGCCGAGGGAGCCGGCGUACAGCUGGUCAUGUGGCCAGCAUGACUAAGCCGCUUCUGGCGAACCAGAGCAGCACACGGAAACGCCGUUUACCUUCCCACUGGAGCGGUACCUGUUUAUCUACUUGCACUUCAUGCUUUCGAACUGCUAGGUGGGCAGGAGCAGGGACCGAGCAAUGGGAGCUUACCCCUUUGCGGGGAUUCGAACCGCCGACCUUUGGAUCGGCAAGCCCUAGGCUCUGUGGUUUAACCCAUGGCGCCACUCGCGUCCCCUGCACCUAAAAUACCUAGUAGAAAAGCACCUGGUUUUUCCCUAAAUUUUAUUUGGAAAAUAAAAGGACUGCCAAAUUUAAUCAUGUUAGAUUGGUUAGAUAGAUUGAAAAACAUUUUGAUUAGCUAAAAAGUCCCCCCUGCCUUAAUUCAACAGCAAGUGUUUGAAAUAUGACUAUUAUUUUUUAAAAAAAAAAAACACCAGGUGCUUACAAGACCUUCAGAUAGCAUUGUCUUAUGUUACGGGUUGCGGAAGGAACACCUCUUCAUAAGAUGGUCAAGUCAAGUAACCUUUAUUGGCAUCACAUAAGAACAUUCAGAAUAUAUUUAAAAUAGAUAGGCCAGUUCGAUCUUGUCACCACUUCAACAGCACAGUCAUUUGCCAAAGGGCAGUAGAGUUGAGCAAUCCGCCUCAUCUCUGAGGGUUUCCAGCAAGGGCAGGAUCCUGUAGCGUACUUCGGCGACAAAAAAUCAAAUAGAGGAACUUAGUUACUGUCUGGGUGAGCUCCUGGUCUCUCCCCUGUAAUAAGAAGCGUAUAACCUCUGUCUCUGGUUUCCAUGUUGGAAUACACAGAUGGUCUAGAAAUUGUUGGCGGAGAUCAUCAUAUAUUUUGCAUUUAAGGGCCAUGUGAGCUAGAGUUUCCACCAGGUGGGCAUUGCAUGGGCAGAUCCUAUCUCCUUCUGCCAAACCCGCAAACCUACCUCAAAGGAGGUUAGAAGGAUUAGAAUUGAAACAUAAGAUGGUGUUCCCACCUGUGAGAGAGGAGGGAUGCCUCAUUCCAUCCAGUGUGUGAGUGAAGAUGGAAGACCUCUUAGAGGAGGCGUGAGGAGAGAUACCCCCUCUUGAAUAGCAUUAGAAAGGGCAUUCCUUCCCCAUGAGGGAAAAUGCCUCUUCUCAGAUGGUACUAGACGAAGCACUCCAUCCUGUGUGUGAAAAAAGAGUACCUCUUUUUAAAUGAGGUACAAGAAGGGGAGGAAUGGCACAAGAUGAGGCAUUACCUUCUUGCCUGCCUCUUCCCAAACUACCCCUGUUGUGAUGAAUACAGUGGUACCUCAGGUUAUAAACGCUUCAGGUUACAGACGCUUCAGGUUACAGACUCCACUAACCCAGAAAUAGUACCUCGGGUUAAGAACUUUGCUUCAGGAUGAGAACAGAAAUCGUGCUCUGGCGGCAGCGGGAGGCCCCAUUGUCUAAAGUGGUGCCUCAGGUUAAGAACAGUUUCAGGUUAAGAACGGACCUCCGGAACGAAUUAAGUUCCUAACCGGAGGUACCACUAUACCUGCAUCACCAAAAAGCAAAGUUUCUUCCCUUUCUACCCUUUAGAACUAUUUCUCUCCCAUGUGCAAAUUCAUGCAUAAAUUAAUAAACAAAGCUUUUUAAAAAUUGGCCUCAUUUCAUGGCAAAUCAGCGAUGGCCAGCUUGUGGCUCACGUGAGGGAUUUGCCCCCUCGGGCAAUAUUAUCUCAUGUCGUCGUUCCCCCACUCCUUUGACCUUGCCAAAGUCUAAUGGAAGUCUUGCCCACCGUUUCAUUCGAGAGCAAAGCAGAGAUGUUCCAAGAAAGACACUGUUUGCAUUGUUCGUCACAUCCAAACGCAGCGGUGAAAGGGUGAGCUUUUCUCCUUUCCUCAUCUGGCUCCCCUUAAUACCAGUGUAAUAAACAAAAAAUCUGCCCUUAUUCUCUUAUGGGGGACACAAGAGCCCUUAUAGAGUCCUUUGCAGGUUCUCCAUCGGUCGGAGGAAAAAACAGAGGCCAACCAGAAAAUAUUGAGAAGCAAAGCAGCUAGUAAGCCUGGUCUUUAUUGAACUGUUGCAACAGUGUGCUCCCUUCACACGCAGGAAAGGAGAAGGAGGACCCAGAACCAAGGUGUGCAAGCCCUUAUAUAGACAUUUUAAAUUGCCCGCCUUGGAGUCAAAGACCACCCCCAGAAACAUCAUACAUACAUCACAGAAAGGGCGGUCUACAGCAGAAAUCUGAGUGCGUUGUUUACCUCCUGUCUGGCAGGUUACCUGUUAAUGCUUACUUGACUGAUACCCUGGGGAGCCUGGUCAGUCUUUUGUAAUGAUAAAUACUUAGUUCCUGAGCCAGGUCACAGGCUCACCCUAUUCAAACACAGACAUACCCUUAAGACAGGAUUUGUGAAGGAAAAGGCAAUGGGGAGGCUCCUCCAUUUGACCUUGCAGAGAAAACACCUGGUCAGCUUGGGAGUCAAAAUGGCUCCAUGGCUGCUCUCCUGUGCAGCUUCAGACAUGUGGCCUAUAUAUCUAUGUACGUCUUUGGCUGGUACAUUUAUGAAUGUUUAUUAUAUACGUAAGACCUUAAUUGAUUUAUUUCACCAGUGUGUUUGCUUCCCUGUUACCCCACUCCCGGUGGCUCAUACAAGGUUUUUUGCUUUUGGACAGGCCCCCGGGAAGAGAUUGUUUACCUGCCCUGCAUCUACAGGAACACGGGAAUAAAGAAACCAGACUACCUGGCCACGGUGGAUGUGGACCCGAAAUCUCCAACCUAUUGCCAAGUAAGUAUCUUUCAGUGUGCGAAGGCUGGUCACGCAACAAGGCUUGGCAUGAGCCGAUAUCUUCAGGGUUACAUUAUUGCUCCACAAUUGUGUGAGAAGUCCUGUUUGCUUUCCAAGGAUAAUUCUGAGUUGUAUCUUGUAAAAGAAAACCAAAAAGCCCUGACACAUCCCCAUAGCAAAACCCCACCCUAAAAACACUUUUAAAAGUGCAAACAUUGCAAUCCGCCUCCUUCAGGCCGUUUCAGAAGUCAUCUGUGACAGCUGCUCGCUUUAAAACUGAAGAGCGCAUUCUCGCAGAACAAAAGUGGGGGUGUGGUGGAUUUCCAAAGACUUCCCCGUUCAUUCUCAAGAGGUUCAGAUUGCUAAAUCUUUUGUUUGCUGUUGUAUACUUUGCCACACACUUUGUGGGGCAGUUGAUCUGGUCCAGCAAGAUAUCUUGUCAAAGCUUAUUAAUUUUGUUUUAUUGUAUAUUUUCAAAAACCUUAAACUGUAAAUAAAUGUUGCAAGUUGCCACGUCGGUGUAUGAGAAGGGUGCGGGUGGGCGAACCUCAGAGUGAUAGUUGUGUUUAAAGAUCUUUUUUUUAAAAAAAUAAUUUAAAAAAAAUUUUUUUUACCAAUCACCAAACACAAACAGUGAAACCCCGCAGGCGGCUGAUACACUGGGAAUACAAUAUUCAAUAAUAUACAUAUUCAAUAAUAAUAUAUUCAAAUUAACCAUAUGUACACUUCUAUAUACCUUAACACUCCUCCAUCCACAAGGUUUAUUUAACUUCUAACAUGUUAAUUGCCCCAAAUUGUUCAAACCUGCCCAAAUAAUUCAGUAUCUUCUCAAACCAAUCCUCCUCUUUCUCACUGACCUUAAACCCUUUCAUUCUGUGUAUCUUCACAGUUAGGUAUUCUAAAAUUAUAAUAUUCAGUUUUUUCCUCCAUUGGUUCACCCCUAGCUCUUCAGCAUUUUUCUAGUUACUCGCUAUAAUCUGUCUGGCUGCAGUUACCAUCAAUUUUACCCAUUUGCAAAUGCAGUUGUGUUUAAAGUUCUAAACAACUAAGUGUCCAGAUAUCUGAGAGACCACCUCCCCCUCCUUCUCUCAGGUGUUAAGAUCGACAGAGGAGACCCUCUUGGGAGUUCUGCCACCCUCAGAAGUAUAGGGAAUAGCAGCCCAAGAGAGGGCAUUCUUUGCAGCAGCCCCUAAAUGGUGGUGGCUCCCUUUCUGCCUCAAAAUCUUCAUUGUACAGCUUUCACCGUACGCCAAAGGCACACCUCUUUACACCUGAGAUCUAUUUUUAUUUAACAAAAUUGUAUACACCUCUAAGCAGUCUACAAGAAAUGUAGUGAAUGUCAACAAAAUCAGUUAAGAGGAAAUAAUUAAAAACAUGUAAAAGAUCAUUAAAAUUAAGCAGUGACAGAUUAAAGAUCAACAUGUUGGGAUUGUUGUUGUUGUUGUUUAGUCAUUUAGUCGUGUCCGACUCUUCGUGGCCCCCUGGACCAGAGCACGCCAGGCCCUCCUGUCUUCCACUGCCUCCCACAGCUUGGUCAAACUCAUGCUGGUAGCUUCGAGAACACUGUCCCACCAUCUCGUCCUCUGCCAUCCCCUUCUCCUUGUGCCCUCCAUCUUUCCCAACAUCAGUGUCUUUUCCAGGGAGUCUUCUCUUCUCAUGAGGUGGCCAAAGUCUUGGAGCCUCAGCUUCAGGAUCUGUCCUUCCAGUGAGCACUCAGGGCUGAUUUCCUUCGGAAUGGAGAGGUUUGAUCUUCUUGUAGUCCAUGGGACUCUCAAGAGUCUCCUCCAGCACCAGAAUUCAAAGGCAUCCAUUCUUCGGCGAUCAGCCUUCUUUAUGGUCCAGCUCUCACUACUUCUUCUUCUUCUUCUUCUUCUUCUUCUUCUUCUUCUUCUUCUUCUUCUUCUUCUUUCAUAGGUCAUCCAUCGCCUGCCCAUGCCAAAUGUCAACGAUGAGCUCCACCACACUGGGUGGAACUCCUGCAGCAGCUGUUUUGGGGACACGACCAAGAAGCGAAACCGGCUCAUCCUUCCCAGCUUGAUCUCUUCCAGGAUUUAUGUGGUUGAUACAGGCACUGACCCUCGAGCUCCGCUCCUCCAUAAGGUACAGGCUUUUCUGGGGCUCACCAGAAACCACGCCCUCCGUUUUGCAAGUUCCUUUGUUGCUCAAUGAAUCAGAAGCCCUACCAGAGUGGCUCGCAGUGGGUCUUCGCUGUAGUAUUUACAAGGCCAUCAGCAUUGAGGUUUCUUUGCAGCAGAACUAGUCCCUCACAAAAUAGGUAAUAAUGUUAGCACUAUGGAUGGGGGAGGGACGUGGGUGGCACUGUGGGUUAAACCACAGAGCCUAGGGCUUGCCGAUCGGAAGGUUGGCGGUUUGAAUCCCCGUGAGGGGGUGAGCUCCCAUUGUUCGGUCCCUGCUCCUGCCAACCUAGCAGUUUGAAAGCACGUCAAAGUGCAAGUAGAUAAAUAGGUACCGCUCUGGCGGGAAGGUAAACGGUGUUUCCGUGCGCUGCUCUGGUUCUCCAGAAGCGUCUUAGUCCUGCUGGCCACAUGACCCGGAAGCUGUACGCCGGCUCCCUCGGCCAAUAAAGCGAGAUGAGCGCCGCAACACCAGAGUCGGCCACGACUGGACCUAAUGGUCAGGGGUCCCUUUACCUUUACCUUUAUGGAUGGGGGAUCAAAUCCGUUUAGUUUUGCAUUUUAAUGCGAGCCAAACGGAUUCUAACUUUCCAAGUCCAAUGCAUGAACCGAAAUGCCACCACCCUCCAAAAUUCACACACUUCUCUGAACUUUGGGACGCAGUUCUCUAACAAUGCGUACAAGAAUUCAAAUGUUAGGCGAAGGUGUGCCUAAAAAUGCAUAUAUUAGAUAAAACAGCACACAGGAGUGCAUUAUAUUAGGGGAAAUUGCUUGCAAAGGUUAAUACGUAAGGGGAAAUGGCAUUUCAAGAGUAACAUAGGAGAAAUGUAUGCUAAAAAUAUUCCCUUUAUGGCAGUUUCUCUUCUCCUUCAUUGAUGGAGAAUGGUUAGGGAGUGAGGAACACACGCAUAGAACGUUUUCAGGACAGUACUAGCAUUACUUUCUCUGUGCAGAAGAAGGCCCGAUUCACACAAUUUCUGUCGGUACUGUACCCUUGGAAUCAUAAGAGCCAGGAACUUAAAAAGCACACAGGAGAGAUUUUUAACACCGCAGUAACCUUAGCUUUCUCUGUGCCAUCUUUUCCCUUAGGCUGUUGAGCCCGUUGACAUGUACUGGAAGUGCAACCUGGCUAAUCCUCACACCACCCACUGCUUGGGCAGUGGCGAAAUCAUGAUCAGCACCAUGGGAGACCCAUCCGGCAAUGGAAAAGGUGUUUUUGGGGGCUGGGCAGGCAAAGGAGGUGGGCUGGGCUGGGUUAACAAGAGCGCAAAAGCGAGUCCCAGUCCAAAUUUUGAACGGAGAAAAUUUCUGUUCUUCCACAUGCAGUUUUUUAAAUGCAGAUUUUCACCCUGCCUUUUAUUUUGCAUAAUUUAUUCCAAUAUUGAUGGCUCUGGAGCAGUUUUCCCCUGCCACCAAGCUCCUGGGUGUGUUCAUCUGCUUGUUGGGUUUCAACAGGCACGGCUCACAAUUCUAGACUGUGUCUUUGCAAUCAUAAGGACUACAAACUUAACCUUUUUUAAAAAAAAGAAAAAGGCUAGGGCGGGGGGGUGGAAGGAAGCAGAGAUAAUUGGGAAACUGAAAUGUUAGGACUCUUGUGGGCCAGCUUAUUAUUUAUUUGUUAAAUUUGUUAGUUUCUUUAUCUUGCUUAGGGCAAAGUGACGUACAACCAAGUUACAGCAAUAUGCACGCAUACUCUCUAGGAGAGGUUUUUAUUUAUUUAUUUAAUACAAAUAUAACAAAAAGAAAGAAAAGAAAGGAACAGCAUCAGCUCACAUUAAUAUUAAAAAUAAUCCAUCAAUCCUGACUUAAACUAUACACACACACACACACACACACACACACACACAUUAUAUACAUUGGUACCUUGGUUUAAGAACAGUCCGGUUUAAGAACAAUUUGGUCUGCAUACUCCGCAAAACCGGAAAUAGUGUCUUGGUUUGAGAACUUUAUCUUGGUCUAAGAACAGAAUCCGAAUGGUGGAAGGGCACCAGCGGCGGGAGGCCUCAUUAGGGAAAGUGUGUCUCAGUUUAAGAAUGGUUUCGGUUUAAGAACGGACUUCCAGAAUGGAUUAAGUUCGUAAACCAAGAUACCACUCUAUGCGUGUGUGUGUGUGUGUGUGUGUGUGUGUGUGUAUACACACAAACACACACAAACACACCGGUCGCCUUCAUCUGCAACAAAACAUGUCUCUCCUAUAUUGGUUUCUACAACCUUCCAACAGUUUGACUUCACUCCAAAAGACACACUCCUCCAUUGACAGAUGGAUGGCCAACCAAACCAUUAUAAUCUACAUUCAAAUGCUGAAAGAGCAGCGUGAACUUCCGACCACUGAGUAGUGGAUGGAGCAUGUUUACCCUUCAAACCUACAAGUCUUUUUGCAACCCGCACACACACCAGCUGGGAUAUAUCAAAUACCUUUUGGGAUUUAGAACAAUGCAUCUUCUUGAUGGCAACGAUUGUAGCUUCCUGGCAGAGCAUCUCCCUUGCAUGGAGAAAGCCUCGGGUUCAGUCCCUGUCAUCUCCAGGUGGGGUUGGGAGCCAGCCCUGUUUGAAUCCCCAGAGAGCUGUUGCCAGUAGGCAGUACUGCCUUAGGUGGACCAACACGGCCUGACUCAGUAUAAGGCAACUUCCUGUGUUCCUACGACAUCUUCAUUGGCUCCCAGUACGUUUCUGAGCACAAUUCAAAGUGUUGGUGCUGACCUUGAAAGCCCUAAACGGCCUCGGUCCAGUAUACCUGAAGGAGCGUCUCCACCAUCCCGGACACUGAGGUCCAGCUCCGAGGGCCUUCUGGCGGUUCCCUCCCUGCGAGAAGUGAGGUUACAGGGAACCAGGCAGAGGGCCUUCUCGGUGGUGGCGCCCGCCCUGUAGAACGCCCUCCCAUCAGAUGUCAAAGAGAACAACAACUACCAAACUUUUAGAAGACAUCUGAAGGCAGCCCUGUUUAGGGAAGAUUUUAAUGUUUGAUGCUGUAUUGUUUUUAAUAUUCAGUUGGAAGCCGCCCAGAGUGGCUGGGGAAGCCCAGCCAGAUGGGCGGGGUAUAAAUAAAAAAUUAUUAUUAUUAUUAUUGACAUCAGGGCUUGCAAGACAGAGCUGUUCUGCCUGGCCUUUGGUUUGGACUCAGUCUGACCCUUAUGUUUCCCUCCCAUUAUUAUUAUUAUUAUUAUUAUUAUUAUUAUUCCUUUUUUUUUUUUGUAAUGUCAGGUGGUUUCGUGCUGCUGGAUGGGGAGACGUUUGAGGUGAAGGGCAACUGGGAAAAAGGGUCCAAGGUCCCUAAGCUGGGCUACGAUUUCUGGUACCAGCCGAGGCAUAACGUCCUGAUGAGCACGGAAUGGGGAGUGCCCAAAUGCCUGGCAAAUGGGUUUAAUCCAGCUGAUCUGGAGAAAGGUGAGUGCGUCCUCUCUGCACAAAAGCACUAUUGAAGCAAAGGGUGGGGGGGAAUAAUAAUUGUAAUAGUGAUUUUUUAAAUUUAUACUCCACCCUUCUGUGGCCCUCCAAACGCUGUUGGACUACACACCCCAAUCAGCCCCAGCCAGUGUGGCAAACCGUCAGGGAUGGUGAUGGGUGCUUUACAUAGCUGUCAACGUUUCCCUUUUUUAAGGGAAAUUCCGUUAUUCCGAAUAGGAUUCCUUGCAAGAAAAGGGAAAAGUUGACAGCUAUGGUGCUUUAGUCCCAACAUCUGGAAGUCCACAAGGUUGACAGCCAUUGCGGAAAAGGUAACCAAAUUCAUUUCCACGAGGGGCAAUCAUAUUCAGACUAAUUUUUCAGUGUGUGGCAUUGAUAUUAUUAUUAGAAUUAGAAUUUAUAUACCGCCCUAUACCUGGAGGUCUAAGGGCAGUUCAAAAUAUGAAACCACAAAAUACAUCAUCAAAAUAAAAACAACAACUCAAUAACCCCCUCGCCCCCCCAAAAUAAAACCACAUUUUAAAAGGGCACAGGAUGUCAAAGGCCUGGUUAAAAAGGAACGUUUCUGUCUGGCACCUAAAGGUGUAUAAUGAAGGCGCCAGGCAAACCUCCCUGGGGAGAGCAUUCCACAGAUGGGGAGCCACUGCAGAGAAGGCCCUGUUUUCAUCUUGCCACCCUCUGGACCUCUUGAGAAGGAGGCACAUGAAGAUGAUCUCAGGGUUAGGUUCAUAUGGAAAGAGGAGGUCCUUGAGGUAUUGCAGUCCUGAGCCAUUUAAGGCUUUAUCGGUCAAAACCAGCAAUUUAAAUUGGGCCCAGAAACUAAUUGGUAAGCAAUGCAGUCAGACCAGGAUCGGUGUAAUAUGCUUAAACCAUCUUGCUCCGGUGACCACUGGCCGUCUUGCUCCUGGCCACUGAAUUCUGCACUAGCUGAAGUUUCCGAACCGUCUUCAGAGGCAGCCCAAAUAUAACAUGUUGCAGUAAUCUAACCUUGAGGUUAUACAAAUAAGAAAUUAUUUAAGGCAAUCUCCCCCGCUCCCUGUAACUGUAGCAUAUGGACACAUUUGUGACAAUGAGUAAUAGAGACCAAACAUGACAAGUAUUUAUACCUUGAAAUGAACUGGUUGUAUGUGUCUCCCUUGACAACGUCUCACAAGGUUGUUGAGAAGAUUCUGUCUCUGUUUUCCUUUAGUAAAACGAACGAUGGCUCGGUUAGCAAUAGCAUCAUGUCAACACGCUUGGUGAUUUUGCAAGGGGCCCUGAGACAUUUGUUCUGUGUCACAAUGCAGAACAACAAACCCCUGUGUUGCAAACUUAACACAACAAACAAUACAAGCAACACGAAGACCAGUAUACUAGAUAGCACUGUAAUUCUUAUUGCAUAAUAUAAGUGAUUUAGUACAACAAAAACAAAAUGUGUACCCUUGUAAAUCUUCUGAUAUAUUUGAAAUCAAAUGAACACACCUCUGUCAAUCUUUGAAAGUCCGUAGAAGUAUAAGUCUAUGGUUGAAACAAAGUAAAAGAUGCUAUCCUGUGGGCUAAGCGGUAAAACUUUUUUAGGCGUUCAUGGUGCCGAAGUAGUAAGUGACUUAUUAUACUUCUACGGACUUUCAAAGAUUGACAGACAUGUGUUCAUUUGAUUUCAAAUACCGUAUUUUUCGCUCUAUAAGAUGCACCAGACCAUAAGACGCACCUAGUUUUUGGAGGAGGAAAACAAGAAAAAAAAUAUUCUGAAUCUCAGAAGCUAGAACAGCAAGAGGGAUCGCUGCGCAGUGAAAGCAGCAAUCCGUCUUGCUGUUCUGGCUUCUGGGAUAGCUGCGCAGCCUGCAUUCGCUCCAUAAGACACACACACACAUUUCCCCUUACUUUUUAGGAGGGAAAAAGUAAGUCUUAUAGAGCAAAAAAUACGGUGUAUUAGAGAAUUUACAAGUGUACACAUUUUGUUUUUGUUGUACUAAAUCAUGUGUAUUAUGCAACAAGAAUUACAGUGCUAUCUAGUAUAUUGGUCUUCGUAUUGCUUGUAUUGUUUGUUGUGCUAUUUCACAAUGCAGCAUUCCUCUAUGAAAUUAUGAGGAGCUGAACACUGAAGAAUUGAGAGUAGCGAAAGGAAGGGCUUCUUCACACAGCGCCUAGUUAAAAUGAUGGAAUUUGCUUCCUAUGAGAAGUAGCAAUGGCUGCCAACUAGGAUGGCUUUGCAAAAGGUUUAGACAAAUCCACGGAGGACAAUAAGGCUAUAUUCUGAAUGGCACUUGCGGGGAAUUGCAAGUGGGGAGAAUGGUCGUUGCCCUCAGGUCUUGCUUGUGGGCUUCUAUCAAGAGCAUCCGAUUGACCACUGUGAAAACAGGAUUCUGGACUAGUUGGGCCAUCACCCUGAUCCAGCAAAACUCUUCUUACAUUGUUAGAUGGGAGGGAUUUUGUGCACAAAAGAAUGUAUUUCACAGGCAGCUGUUGUAAACAAAAAUUGCCCUUUUCCCUUAUGGGAUAUCCAAGAGCCCAUAUAGAGUCCUUACAUAGGUUCCCUAUUGGUAGGAGAAAAUAACAGAGGCCAACCAGAGAAUAUUGAGAAGCAAAGUAGCUAGUAAGCCUGAUUUUUAUUGAUCUGUUGCAACAGGGUGCUCACUCCCUACAUGAAGGAGGGAGGAGGAACCCCGAACAAUGAAGCACAAGGCCUUAUAUGGACUUUUGAAAUUGCCACCCUGUAGAUGAAGACCAAGGGAUGCGGGUGGCGCUGUGGGUUAAACCACAGAGCCUAGGGCUUGCCAAUCAGAAGGUCAGUGGUUCAAAUCCCCGCGACGGGGUGAGCUCCUGUUGCUCGGUCCCUGCUCCUGCCAACCUAGCAGUUCGAAAGCACGUCAAAGUGCAAGUAGAUAAAUAGGUACCACUCCGGCGGGAAGGUAAACGGCAUUUCUGUGCACUGCUCUGGUUUGCCAGAAGCAUCUUAGUCAUGCUGGCCACAUGUCCCAGAAGCUUUGCAUGUGCAAAGGGGGGAAUGGACCUAUUUGAUACAAACUUUGGAGGAUCCUAAUGGCUAUAGUCUUGAGGGCUAGAAACCUGGCAGAGGGCCUGCUCGGUAGUGGUGCCCGUGUUGUAAACAAAAAUUGCCCUUUUCCCUUAUGGGGUACCCAAGAGCCCAUAUAGAGUCCUUACAUAGGUUCCCUAUUGGUAGAGAAAAUAACAGAGGUCAACCAGAGACUAUUGAGAAGCAAAGCAGCUAGUAAGCUUGAUCUUUAUUGAUCUGUUGCAACAGGGUGCUCCCCUCACCCGCAGGGGAGAGGAGGGACCCAGAAAAAUGGCGUGCAAGGCCUUAUAAAGCACUUUUGAAAUUGCCACCCUGUAGAUCAACACCACCCCCAGAAACAUCAUACAUCAUACAUACAUCACAGAAGGGGUGUAACCUAAGACCACCCCUGAGAUACAUCACACCUUCACAAAAAAAACCUGUCUAAAACAGAACAUUUGCAUGUUGUUUUUCUCCUGUCGCUGUUUAUCUCCUGUCUGGCAGGUUACUUGAUUGGAUUUCCUGGGUAGCCUGGCCAUUCUUUUGUAGUGAUAAAUACUUAGUUCCUGGGCCAGGUCACAGGCUCACACCUUAUUCAAACACAGACAUAUGCUUAAGACAGGAUUUGUGAAGGAAAAGACAAUGGGGAGGCUUUUCCACUUUGACCUUGCAGAGAAAACAUUUGGUCAGUUUAGGAAUCAAAAUGGUUCCAGGUUGGUCUUCCUGUGCUGAUCUAUGUAUGUGCGGUUAUGAACAUUACCAUAUAUCUAAGACCAUAAAAUUCCUAUCACACAGCACUCCUCACACACCAGUGCUGGGGGAAAUCGAAAAAGUGACCUCUCAGUAAGCUUUACUUUUCUGCUCUUUGUUUACUCUACUUCCUCCACAACCACUGCCUCUUUGAAGGCUGCUACGGUGGCAACAUUAAUGUGUGGGACUGGACCACCCAUGAACUCAUCCAGUCGAUCGACGUGGGGAAGAAUUCCAUCCCUCUUGAAAUCCGCUUUCUCCACAACCCCGACGCGGCAGAGGGGUUCAUCGGCUGCGCCCUCACCAGUGCGAUUCAUCGUUUCCACAAGACCGCGGUAACAAAAAGGAGUAACGUUUUUAGUAAUACUUGAGGAAAGGCUGUGGCUCUCUGGCAGAAGAUCCUCCCAGGCACCUCCAAUUAGAAAAGGCCAUUUCUUUGUAGACUUGGGGGAGAAAUUUAAAUUCAGUUCACAUCAGAAGGCCAACUCACUAAGUUUGCACUUUCUGAAACAAUGCAUGGACUGAAACGCAGCCUUCCUUUGAAAUUUGCUCUUUUCUGAAUUUUGCAGUGCAGUAUUGCGUACAAAAAUGCAUAUACUGGGGGAAAGUGUACAUAAAAAUACAUAUGUUCAGAAAGGUAAUACACAAAAAUGCUUAAUACUGGGGGAAAUCGAUUUGCAAAAUUGUGGAUGUUAGGUGAAAUUUCAUCCAAAAAUGUGUUUGGGAGAAAUUUGCACUAAAGUGCUGAUGAGUUUCCACGAGGACUUUUAAAAAAAAAUUCCAAACUGAUGUGGGAAUGUGGAGAACUGAACUUAAGAUGGGGGAAGGGGAGAAAAACAGAAUCCGAAAUUGACAGGUGCCUAGUUGGAUAUGGCCUUGGGGAGCGUACUCUGUUGGACUGUUCUCUUUUGCAAAAUAUUUAUUGGUGUACAGUCAUACCUCGGGUUACAGCCGCUUCAGUGAGAGCCAGUGUGGUGUAGUGGUUAAGAGCAGUAGUCUCGUAAUCUGGGGAACCGGGUUCGCGUCUCCGCUCCUCCACCUGCAGCUGCUGGGUGACCUUGGGCCAGUCACACUUCUCUGAAGUCUCUCAGCCCCACUCACCUCACGGAGUGUCUGUUGUGGGGGAGGAAGGGAAAGGAGAAUGUUAGCCGCUUUGAGGCUCCUUCGGGUAGUGAUAAAGUGGGAUAUCAAAUCCAAACUCUUCUUCUUCUUCUCUUCUUCAGGUUGUGUUUUUUCAGGUUGCGGACUGCCAAAACCCGGAAGUACCGGAACGGGUUAUUUCCGGGUUUUGGUGGUUGUGCAUGCGCAGAAGUGCUAAAUUGCGCUUUGCGCAUGCGCAGAAGUGCCGAAUUGCAACCUGCGUGUGUACAGACACACAGACGCGGGUUGCGAACGUGCAUCCCACAUGGAUCAUGUUCGCAACUCGAGCAUCCACCCUAUUUGAGUGUAUGUGGUUAGAGAUGAUAAAAUAGACGACAUUGCGAAGGGAUGUGGCAAGGGUCCCUAUGGUAGGGCAUCUGUUGAGGCUCUGCACCUUAACAGGGGUCGCAUUAACAACAGCCUGGCCCCCACUGCAGACCUUCUCUUCCUCUAAACUGUUGCAACCUGCCUGCUUGUUCACCCACCUCUUGCUCUGGGGCAGACAUUGGUGGUGGUAAACAGGAAGAACAGCGAUUCCCCUCUCUGCUUCCUCAUUCCUUCUCUGCCUGUCAAGUAAGCAGGUCAGCAGUGAUGAGGAGGAAGAGGAGCUGCUGCUGGCGGUGUUGAGGAGGGGAACUCACGGAGUGUGUUUUGUCCAAGGGAGCCAGCAUUGGAAGUGAUGAGGAUAAUAAUAAUAAUGAUAAUUUAUUAUUUAUACCCCGCCCAUCUGGCUGGCUUUCCCCAGCCACCCUGGGCGGCUUCCAACAGAACACUAAAAUACAAUAACCUAUUAAACAUUAAAAGGGACACGGGUGGCACUGUGGGUUAAAUCCCAGAGCCUAGGAUUUGCCGAUCAGAAGGUGGGUGGUUCGAAUCCCUGCGAUGGAGUGAGCUCCCGUUGCUUGGGCCCUACUCCUGCCAACCUAGCAGUUCGAAAGCACGUCAAAAGUGCAAGUAGAUAAAUAGGUACCAGUCCAGUGGGAAGGUAAACGACAUUUCCGUGCACUGCUCUGCUUCGCCAGAAGCGGCUUAGUCCUGCUGGCCACAUGACCCGGAAGCUCCCUCGGCCAGUAAAGUGAGAUGAGCGCCGCAACCCAAGAGCCGGCCACAACUGGACCUAAUGGUCAGGGGUCCCCUUUACCUUUAUUAAACAUUAAAAGCUUCCCUGAACAGGGCUGCCUUCAGAUGUCUUCUAAAAGUCUGGUAGUUGUUUUUCUCCUUGACAUCUGAUGGGAGGGUGUUCCACAGGGCGGGCGCCACCACCAAGAAGGCCCUCUGCUUGGUUCCCUGUAACUUGGCUUCUCACAGUGAGGGAACCACCAGAAGGCCCUCGGCGCUGGACCUCAGGGUCCGGGCAGAAGGAUGGGGGUGGAGACGCUCCUUCAGGUAUACUGGACCGAGGAUGCACACACACACACCUCCUCUGCAGUUUGUGACAGUCCUCUCGAGACGGUGGGCAAAGGGAAGUAUUUGCAGGCAAAAUUAAGUUUUACCAAUGGGGGCAUCCAAAACGGAUCUCCCCACCCCCCAACUUGGUGCAAAAGAUCCCUGCUUGCAGCAAAGCACAGUGGGACAAAUUGCUGACGGUCCGAUUCCCUCUGAACAUGUAAAAAGCCAACAGUGCACCGGAUCUGUGUCGGCAGGAAUAGGCGCCAGUCCAACUGGCGAUGGAGUCAAACAGGUGUUGUCAGGCGGUGAGCAGGAGGCUCUGCGAUCCCAACGGUUGUCUGACGGAGGCCCAGAUCUGCAAGCCGUUCCCUCCCCACCCCACUAUGCGCAGUUAUCGCCUUUGCAUCUCAGGGAGUGAAUUAUUGAUCUUUGGCAUAAUGGGACAGCGCAAUCAUUAACCCGCCUGGCUUACCCGUGGUGGUUCAUUGAGCCGCCGCUCCCAUUGUAACGGCUGUUUGCUCAGGUCUCGUGUCACCUCCGCAUAUGUCGAGCUGUGUACAUACGAUUGUGCAGCGGUUCAAGCCAUUAAGCUUUCUCUUGUCUACAUAAGAUAGGCGCCUGUGAUACCGCACAAGAGCUGUUUAUUCUGCAGUGCGUUGUGGAGUGGCCAAGAGACAGUGGUGAUGGAGGAAGUCUCAGCAUUCAGAGAUUUCGCCUCUGCCCUGCACUCGCUGUCUCCUGCUGCCUCAGCCCUUCCAUCUGUAAAAUGGGACUAAUAAUGUUUGGCAUGCCUUGUAACAGAGCCAGGCACACUUCAGGUUUGCAGGAACUGCUUUGAGCAUUCCUCAUCUCCCCCCUUUUUUUUUACCCCUGAGAUCCACUGACUGGAACCAGAUGCAAAAUAGUGGCUGGAGUGGGGUGGGGAUCAUAAGCGGAUUAUUCCAACAGCUGGCCUGGAAGCACCCAUUCUCUGAGAAUCAAAUAACAAGAUGCCUCUGAGCGCAUGCUCAGCACCAGAAUUUCUUUUCAGCAGUUGUCACACAAAAGUCCAUGCCUGGACCCAUCCCCCUCAAAAACUCUCUUCCCCUCACAGCAACCUGAUUUAGAAAUAGGGUAGGAGGGUGGGGGGACACGGGUGGCGCUGUGGGUUAAACCACAGAGCCUAGGACUUGCCGAUCAGAAGGUCGGUGGUUCGAAUCCCCGCGACGGGGUGAGCUCCCGUUGCUCGGUCCCUGCUCCUGCCAACCUAGCAGUUCGAAAGCACGUCAAAGUGCAAGUAGAUAAAUAGGUACCACUCCUGCGGGAAGGUAAAUGGCAUUUCUGUGCUCUGCUCUGGUUCGCCAGAAGCAGCUUAGUCAUGCUGGCCACAUGACCCGGAAGCUGUACGCCGGCUCCCUCGGCCAGUAAAGCGAGAUGAGCGCCGCAACCCCAGAGUCGGCCACGACUGGACCUAACGGUCAGGGGUCCCUUUACCUUUACCUAGCAGGGUGGGAUCCCAUUUUGAUGCCCCUUUUGUUAAAACAACUGGGUGUCAUUUGUUGCUAGCGUUGAACAAUUAUUGAACAAUUGCUGGCAUAUUGCAAAUCAGUCCAAGGGAUCAGCUAGUAGACUUUGAUCUUCCUUAAGUCUUUUUGCCUCCUCGCAGAGUGUGUUCACACUCUCACCAUACAUUUAAAGCAACAUUAUACUAUUUUAACAGUAGCUACUUCCCUCCUCCACCAAGAAUCAUGGGAACUGCAGUUUGUUCAGGGUGCUGAGAGUUGUUAGGAGACACACUUCAAUUCCCCUCAAAGAGCUCCAGGUCUCAGAGUGGCUCAAUGGUCAAACCCUCUUUCCAAGGCCUGAGGAUCUCCUAACAAUGAAGCCGUUUAGGGCUUUCAAGGUCAGCACCAACACUUCGAAUUGUGCUCGGAAAUGUACUGGGAGCUGAUGUAGAUCUUUCAAGACCAGUGUUAUGUGGUCUCAGCGGCUGCUCCCAGUCACCAGUCUAGCUGCCACAUUCUGGAUUAGUUGUAGUUUCCAAGUCACCUUCAAAGGUAGCCCCACAUAGAGUGCGUUGCAGUAGUCCAAGCGGGAGAUAACCAGAGCAUGUGUCACUCUGGCAAGACAGUCCGCAGGCAGGUAGGGUCUCAUUCUGCGUACCAGGUGGAGCUGGUAGACAGCCGCCCUGGAUACAGAAUUGACCUGCGCCUCCAUGGAGAGCUGUGAGUCCAAAAUGACUCCCAGGCUGCUUACCUGGUCCUUCAGGGGCACAGUUACCCCAUUCAGGACCAGGGAAUCCUCCACACCUGCCCGCCUCCUGUCCCCCAAGAACAGUACUUCUGCCUUGUCAGGAUUCAACCUCAAUUCAUUAGCCGCCAUCCACCCUCCAAUAUUAAGAAUAUAUCCAUCUGUGCUAAGUGGAUGAUGGCGUUCCUGUGAUUAAUCUCCACUGUGGUUGCUCUUUCUGCAGAAUGGGACAUGGGCGGCUAAGCAAGUGAUCCAGGUGCCCAGCAAGAAGGUGGACGGCUGGGUUCUUCCCGACAUGCCAGGUGAGUCCAGCGUGGUUUCAGAUUUGGGCCACAAGUAGGAUUUAUCUUGUCAUUUUGAGCAGCUUCCCCAACCCACCUACCAGGCCUCUAGAGGCAAGAAGUUCAGGGCAGCUUAAGAGAGUAAGUUCGUCCCAACGAAAGAACAGUGGCAAGAAAAAUGGAUGAGUUCUGCAGAACUGGCUAAAUUGACAUACAAACUGCGGGACAAGGACAAGUGCGACUUUAAGGAAGAAUGGGAACUUUUUACAAAUUUUAAAUAAUUUUACAAAUUGUUUAAAAAGACAACAAAAUGAACUGGACUCCUUGGCAGGUUUUGAAGAAACAUACACAAAUUUAUUGGUUGAUAACAUGAUAGAUAGACAAGGCAAGGAUAUGUAUAAUUUUAUAACAUGCAGAGAAUAAUAUGUGCAGAGAAAUCAGAGAGAGGAGCCGAGGGAAGUCCCUGGUUGGGGGGGAGGGAGGGAUGGAAGGGGGGGGGGGAAUAAUAUAUGUGAUUAUAUGAUUUGAUAAUUUCUUAUGUUGCAAUUGCUUAAUAAAAAUAUUAAAAAACAACAACAAAUUUACCCAAAAGCAAAGUAUUUCUUUAAAGAGAACAAAACAAAACAAAAACUACAUCUCCCCCCCCCAAAAAAGAGAGUAAAUUCACUGGAGAGAAUAAAAUAUUAGAGAUGUGUGAUAUCUUUGUAGCACCUAGUAUAUUUCCCCUCCCCCUCUCCCCCCCCAUACACACAAACAGGUGACUCACAAGAGUUUAACACUGUGGCUUCUUUUAUUACUCUCCAAUAUUCUCCUUAAGGUCUCAUCACGGACAUCCUCAUCUCCCUGGAUGACAAAUUUCUGUAUUUUAGCGACUGGCUUCAUGGAGACAUCCGUCAGUAUGACAUCACCAACACCCAGCAGCCCAAACUGGUGGGACAGGUAAAAGCUGGCUUUAAAUGUAUGAUCAGAGCAAAUAAUUAUUAUAUAUAUAUAUAUAUAUAUAUAUAUAUAUAUAUAUAUAUAUAUAUUUACCAAUUAGGUAUUUACUAAUAAUAAUUUACCAAUAAGAUAAUGAACAAUUUCAAGAAAAAAUCAUUUGACUUUGUUGCAUACACACUUACAAAAGAAAAAGGCUUUCAACCACCAGCAACACGUGGUAGACUACAGACAGAUACUCAUUUUUGAAAUUGAAUCCAAAGUUAAUAAACUAUUUUGUUUGAUUAUGCUGAAACCUACUGGCAAGGAGGGUGAGGGGGGAAUUCUUUGUUGUUUAUUUAUAAAUUGUAUUAUCUGCAAAACAAAAUAAAUAUAUUUAAAUAUGUUUGUUUGUUAAAUAUCCAGGCUUCCACUGGUGUAUAAAAAAGGAAGUGUAAACUGUAAAUACUGUAAAGUGAUAAUUACCGUAAUACCUGGCAAAGUCACCAAUAUAUGCAUGUGUUUAACAUCGUACUCCAUUUAUCAGCAUCAGUCAGAAAAUACAUACAGUGGACCCUCUGGAUACGAACUUACCGUAUUUUUUGCUCUAUAAGACUCACUUUUUUCCCUCCUAAAAAGUAAGGGGAAAUGUGUGUGCGUCUUAUGGAGCGAAUGCAGGCUGCGCAGCUAUCCCAGAAGCCAGAACAGCAAGAGGGAUUGCUGCUUUCACUGCACAGUGAUCCCUCUUGCUGUUCUGGCUUCUGAGAUUCAGAAUAUUUUUUUUCUUGUUUUACUCCUCCAAAAACUAGGUGCGUCCUGUGGUCUGGUGCGUCUUAUAGAACGAAAAAUACUGUAAUUUGUCCCGGGGGUCCGUACUUACCCCCAAAAGUCCGUAUCUGGAGGUGCCGUUUCUGCGCACGUGCGCAGUGUGAUAGAGCGCUUCUGUGCAUGCGCUUCUGCACACACUCUUCUGUACGCUUCUGCACAUGCGCACACGGCAAAACCCGGAAGUAUACACUUCUGGAUUUGCUGCGUUCGUAACUCAAUUUUACAUUACCCGAAGGUAACAUAACCUAAGGUACCACUGUAUAUCAAUCAAAAAAUGUAAGAAAAGGAAGGACCUUGCCACACAGCGCAUAGUUAAAACUAUAGAGUUUGCUCUCACAAAAUGUAGUGAUGGCUUUUAAGGAAGAUUAGGCAAAUUUGUAGGUAAGGCUACCAGUGGCUAUCAGCCAUGCUGACUAUGUUCUACUUUCCCUGUGGGAGGCAAUGUGCUUCUGAAUGCCCGUUGCCAGCGGCUGCAUUUUGCCCUAACCAAAAGGGUGACCUGUCUCCAAGGGGCAGCCCAAGGUAGACCCCUUUGCAGUAGUCAAUAUCUUACCUAUCAUCAGAUGCAGAGGUCACAUACCUAGGAAGGAAAACUAGCUAGCAACUAACCAGCCAGAUUUUUUUAAUUUACACCACCUUGCCAGAUGGCCAGUACGGUACGGAGAUUGCUGGCUGCGCUGUUUGCCCCUGGAAGCUGGCGACUCUGCAAGCAUGAUUCCGUUCUGUCCUGAGUCUGGUAUAUUUCCUUGCAGGUUUUCGUUGGAGGCAGCAUCGUCAAAGGCGGGCCAGUCACUGUGGUUGAGGACCGAGAGCUGGACUGCCAACCAGAUCCAUUUAUCAUCAAGGUGCAUGAGGACCACCACAUUCCCCCCUAUUUAUUAAUUGUUUAUCACAUUUUAUAUCAUGCCUUUAAACCAAGGCACUCAAGAAACCUUCCUUCCUUCCUUCCUUCCUUCCUUCCUUCCUUCCUUCCUCCCCUUCUGUUUUUGCCCUUGUCACUGUUGUUGUUGUUUAGUCGUUUAGUUGUGUCCAGCUCUUCGUGACCCCAUGGACCAGAGCACGCCAGGCCCCCCUGUCUUCCACUGCCUCCUGCAGUUUGGUCAGACUCAUGCUGGUAGCUUCGAGAACACUGUCCCACCAUCUCGUCCUCUGUCGUCCCCUUCUCCUUCUACCCUCCAUCCUUCCCAACAUCAGGGUCUUUUCCAGGGAGUCUUCUCUUCUCAUGAGGUGGCCAAAGUCUUGGAGCCUCAGCUUCAGGAUCUGUCCUUCCAGUGAGCACUCAGGGCUGAUUUCCUUCAGAAUGGAGAGGUUGGAUCUUCUUGCAGUCCAUGGGACUCUCCAGAGUCUCCUCCAGCACCAUAAUUCGAAUGCAUCCAUUCUUCGGCGAUCAGCCUUCUUUAUGGUCCAGCUUUCACUUCCAUACAUCACUACUGGGAAAACCAUAGCUUGAACUAUACGGACCUUUGUUGACAAGGUGAUGUCUCUGCUUUUUAAGUAGAGUCACUACCAGCAUGAAAUUAGCAUCCCUCGAGCAGCAGAUUCUCCACCCUGUUCUUACCAUUCCUCCCCUAAGCUUGCCUUGCCUCUGAACAAAAAAACCCCCAAAUGCUUUAUCCCAGGGGUUCGGAGGUGUCCUGUAGCCCAUCAUUGUCCCUAACCCUUUUCCCCCCAAUUUUUUUUUAAUUGAUUAUCCACAUUUAUCACAAAAUGACAUAACAAAGGAACACAAAACACACAACUAAGAAAAACACAAAAGAAAAAUACAAAAAACACAUUACAAUACAAUACAAUAAAAUUAAACACAAAAAGAAGUUAUUUCUUCUAAUACCUAAUUCUCAUAACAUUGAUAACUAACUUCCUCAAAUCCUCUCUAACUGAAUUUCAUUAUAUCACAUUUAUAAGCUUUCUCCAAAUUCAUAUUUCUAAUAAUAUUAACUCCUUUCAUUUACUAAUCUCUUCUCCUUUAUUAAUAUUUCAAUCCUUAAUGUUUACUACCACAUAUCCUUAUUCUACCCUUAGGCCUAUUUGUUACUUCCAAGGAUUUUCUAUUUAUUUUCUAUUACAGUAUUUAGCUAAAUAUUCCUUAAAUUUCUUCCAAUCUUCUUGUGUCUCCUCUUCUUUCUGGUCGUGGGUUCUUCCAGUCAGGUCGGCCGUCUCCAAAAAGUCCAGCAUCUUCAUCUGCCAUUCUUCUUGUCCCUAACCCUUGACCAUGCUGGUUUGUUAAACAGUGGAACUCACUGCCACAGGAAGCAGCAAUGACCCCCAACUUGGAUAGCUUUAAAAGAGGAUUGGAGAUGCUCAUGAAGGCCGUGGAUGGCUACUAGUCAUGAUGGCUAGUCUCUUGCCUCCAGAGCUGCAGGCAUGAAUACAAAUUGCUGGGAACCACAGGAGGGGAGAGUAUUGCUCUUCUGUUCAAAACCUGCACCUUGGUUUCCCAGAAGAGGCACCUGCUUGGCCACUGUGAGAACAGGCUGCUGGAGUAGAUGGGCCAGAAGGUUCUUGUUGUUGUUGUUGUUGUUGAGUCGUGUCCGACUCUUCGUGACCCCCUGGACCAGAGCACACCAGGCCCUCCUGUCUUCCACUGCCUCCUGCAGUUUGGUCAAACUCAUGCUGGUAGCUUCGAGAACACCGUCCAACCAUCUCUGUUGUCCCCUUCUCCUUGUGCCCUCCAUCUUUCCCAGCAUCAGGGUCUUUUCCAGGGAGUCUUCUCUUCUCAUGAGGUGGCCAAAGUCUUGGAGCCUCAGCUUCAGGAUCUGUCCUUCCAGUGAGCACUCAGGGCUGAUUUCCUUCAGAACGGAGAGGUUUGAUCUUCUUGCAGUCCAUGGGACUCUCAAGAGUCUCCUCCAGCACCAGAAUUCAAAAGCAUCAAUUCUUCGGCGAUCAGCCUUCUUUACGGUCCAGCUCUCACUUCCAUUCUUCUUACCUUCUUAAAAUCUGGAAGGGCACAGAUGUCCUGCAUCUCUGCUUCACUCUUUCCUCUUGCUCCAAAUUGUCCUUCCAUGUACACCAAGCAACACAGGAUCCUCUGGAGUGUGUUAACAUAUCUGUUUUUUUCAGGGAAAGAGGGUUCAAGGCGGACCUCAAAUGAUCCAGCUAAGCUUGGACGGCAAGCGACUGUAUGUCAGUACUUCCCUCUACAGCGGCUGGGACAAGCAGUUCUACCCAGACAUGGUCAAGUAAGACACCUUUUGCCUGGAUAUUGUUAUAUUUAAAAGUCAGGGCUGUAGCCCAGUGGCAGGACACCUGCUUCACAUACAGAAGGCCCCGGGUUCAAACUCCACGUUGGGUUGAUAAAGACCCCUCUCUAAAACCACGGAGAGCCUCUGCCCCUCUGCUCAAAGCAUCUUCUUCACACAGCGCCCAGUUAAACUAUGGAAUUGGCUCCCUUAAGGCCAUGGAUGCCUUUAAGAUGUGGCUUAGGGCCCUCGUAUUUAUGGGACCACCUCUCCUGGUCUGCCCCGCAGAGGACCUUAACCAUAGUUUCGAGGUCCUGGGCCCUAAGGAAUUCAGACUAUCCUCCGCCAGGGCCUUCUCAGUGAUGGCCCCGACCUGGUAGAAUGCUCUGUCCCAUGAGACUAGGGCCCUGCAGGAUUUAACCUCCUUCCGUCGGGCCUGUAAGACAGAGCUAUCCUGCCUGGCCUUUAAUUUGAAUUCAGCCUGAUCUUUUAUUUCCCUUCUCUUCCCUCCCCCUCCCCUUUUUAUGAAGAUUACCCGCUCUGGGAUCCCACAGCUAAUUCUCCCCUGGCCUCCUCGCUGGCCCAAAUAGGACUAACUUAGCCAGCUAGCCUAAUGUUUAUUGGAAGGAUUUUCCCUCUAAAUUUAUUUUUGAUUUUAUUGUUAUUCACGUUUUAUACUGUAUUUUAUGCUGUUUUUUUGUAGCAUCAGUUAAGUGUUUUAAAUUUGUUGUUAGCCGCCCUGAGCCCAGUUUUCUGAACCAGGAAGGGUGGGGUAUAAAAUUUUAUUUAUUUAUUUAUUAUUAUUAUUAUUAUUAUUAUUAUUAUUAUUAUUAUUAUUAUAAAAAAGGAUUAGGCAAAUUCAUGGAGGGAUAAGGCUUUCAAUGGCUACUAUGCUCUGACUUCAUGGUUGGAGUCCAGUGAUGCUUCUGAAUCUCAGUUGCUGAAACUGCAGGGGGGGAGACAGGACUUCUGGGCUUGAAUCCUGCUUGCGGGUUCCCAUUGAAGCAUCUGGUCGGCUGCUGUGAGAACAGGAUGCUGGACCAGAUGGGCCACUGGCCUGAUUCUGCUACAGGACUUCUUCCCUUUUGUCCUUGAAAUGAUGGUGGCCUUAUUUCUGCCUUCCCUCACGACAUGUUUUCUCCACUCCCAUUUCCCCUCCUCUUCACUUCAGGGAAGGCUCUGUCAUGUUACAAAUCGAUGUCGACACCAAGAAAGGCGGCUUGAGAGUGAAUAAAAAUUUCCUUGUGGAUUUCGGGAAAGAGCCGGAGGGCCCAGCGCUCGCCCACGAGAUCCGCUACCCAGGAGGAGACUGCACCUCCGAUAUCUGGAUCUGA